UGCGAUAUUUGUUGUAUCAUCAGCUGGUUCAGCUGUCCAUCUCUAAACACCACGUCAAUUUUUGUUUUGUAUACAAUCAGAUCAAAAAAUUUGCGUUGGCCCAGAUUUAAAAGUUAAAAGUUUGAACGAAACAAAAGGUAUUGCAUGCUAAUUUCGCCUUAAAAUGGCGUACGUCGAUCAAAAUGGUCGCCUAUGGGAGAAACGUCCUUGGGACUUGAGACGGGUUUUGGCCAUCUUCGUGGGUAUAUGGUUUGCCAUCAAGCAGUUGUUUGCAUCGUUCCUGUCUCCAUUCACUGGAAAUGAUAACAACGGAGACAACUCCCGUCGAGGAAGCGGAUGGGGAAGUAGCAGCUGGGGCGGAGGCGGAGGAGGAGGUGGUGGUGGUGGUGGAGGUGGAGGCGGUGGAGGAGGAGGAGGUGGAUAUGGCGGAGGCGGAUUAAGGCCCAACCGACGAAUUGGGCGCAUACCGCCGCCCUCCCAAUCCUGUAGUGCUGGAGGAUGCUGCGGCUAAAGCAAUAGUUCAUGCGUUUUGGUUCCCAGACUGCUUAACCAAGAUGCUCCAAUACCUAAUCCAUCUCACCUCCGUGAUGCGGCAAUUUUGUAUCAAAUAUAUUAUGGUUCUAAUUAGUCCUAUGGUUUUGGAUUGAGCAAAUUCUAAAUAUGCAUUCAUAUGCAUUCAAAUAUAUUUAUAAUAAUAAACUUAUUAAUUUCCUAACU